UCCCGGGGCGCUGCGUCAGUCCGCCAUGAAUAGCGUCGGCGAGGCCUGCACGGAGCUGAAGCGCGACUACGACCAGUGCUUCAACCGCUGGUUCGCCGAGAAGUUCCUGAAGGGGGAGGCCGGCGACGGGGGAGACCCCUGCGUCCAGCUCUUCAAGCGCUACCAGCUCUGCGUGCAGAAAGCUAUUAAAGAGAAGGACAUACCCAUCGAAGGCCUGGAGUUCAUGGGUUCCAGCAAAGAAAAGUCUGAGAACUCUUCAUAAAACUGAUGACAUCUGCAACCCUCCCCCUGCCCAAGACCACAAAACAGGCAAACUAAAAUGAACUGGCUGCCAAACACGGAACUCACCCAAAUACCACUAAUGUGGGUGGGGAGAUACAGGGUGCUGCUUCCUUGCAAUGUUGGUCACAUCAAUCUAGUGACUGCUGCUUCGUUUCCAUUGUUGCUGGGAAAGGCUUUAUCAUGAUUGCCUAUGUACAGUCAUGUGAAAAAGUAAAUGCCCCUAUUGAAGUUUUUGACUUGUUCAACAUACAGAUAUUUGAACUUCCACAAUAUUGACAAAGAGGACACAGUAUAACACAUAUCAUGCGCUAUUUAAAUUUUGUGGACCAUUGUAAAUUUAAAUAAAAAUAAUUGAAAUUUUUGCAUGGAGAAAAAGUAAGUACAUCCCUAAUUUAUCACUACCUCAAAUGGUGAAAAGUAGAGUUUUCGAUGAAUAGACCCAUUGUCAGAAUCUUGGAGGAACCUGUCUUUUUAAAUCCUCAGGCUUUUAGUUUGGUUUAUGCCCUGUGUUGCUGAAAUAUGUGUUAUCACCAUGCUUAGCUUGAAAGAAUGCUCUGGGGCUUUCCAAAAGAUUAUAGAAGCCAUGAAAAGGAUCACCAAACAACUGGGCAGCAAUCAUUCCAAUGAUUAUCUACAAAUGGAGAUUUCAAACAAACAGCCAAUUUGGCCAGGCAUUUGGUAGUCGGUGAACAAAAUAAAAUGACUCAUUGUCCAGCCCAUUAGGUUCAUCUCAAGUGCAGAUGCAAGAGCCUGAAAGAAAUCCCUAAGAACCUCAGAAUUUUGUCACAUGACCAACAGGUAAACUCUCUUUACUAUUGAUAUUGAACUAGAAUGAAGCUGUACAAAUCUUCAUGGGAAGUGAGCCAGGAAACCUUUGCCCUCCAGAAGGACCAUCAAGACAAGACUGGUUACCUCAUGAACACCUAGAUGUCAUGGCCCAUGACUUGGACAACUCUUGAGUCUAAAGAAGCUGCUCCCAACUAAACCAGCGGAAUGUCAGCCUCAGGAGACACCAACCCAGGAAUCCCCUGAGGCUGAUCAAAAGCAUCAGACUAACUGGAGCAGUCAAAUCAUGAGGUGUGCCCCUCCAUCAAACCCCUGGCAAGUUUUAUUUUCAAAGACCCUGAUUUAUGUUACUGUCUGCUGACCCUUAGGUAAAUUGCUUAUCACCAAGCAACUCUGUGUGUGUGUGUGUGUGUGUUUGUAACCUGAAAUGGGACGCUAGGCAAAGAAUAGAAUUUUUGGAACAAUGUGCUCUGGACAGACAAGGCAAAGAUAGUGUUACAUAUUUAGCUUUAGUACCAGAAGACAUAGCAAAAACAGUUUGGUGUGGAAAAAAGGCAGACGGCAUGUUCACCACCAUGAGUUGUUUACAAAAAUAAUAAAACUGGGAUGGAAAAAAAUAUUAAUAACAAAGGAUAGCAUCUAUUUACUCAUUUUUAUUACUGCCUGUCUCAGCUGAUUCUGAGUAAUUCAUAAAGUUAAAAUUUCACAAGAACCUGAUACAGUCUGUAAACACGGUGGGGGAAAUGUUCUGGUUUGGGGCUGCAUCGGAGCCUGAGCAGCUCCCCGUCAUGAACUCUGGGCACUUAAGGGUCACACAACAGCAGCUCUCAGAAGAUUGAAGCUCAACUGAAAGUUGAGGUGCAACAGGA